CUGCUCUGCUUGGGAAUCUAUCCAUUUUGUUUGUCCGACACUAUCAGCCAAGGAAGACUGUCUGUCUGCGCGCGUCAUGCGUCAGUCGAUUUCUUGACGCUUUCCUGAAGUGUCCUCUCCAAGUCCCUCAUGGCCUCAUCCAACACCUGCACACCACACGCCGCACGAAGACACAGACAACCAACCACAAUGAAAUACACGCGCAUUCACACACUCGUGCGUACCUCUUCGCUGACGAUAGGCGCUGCCCGUCUGGGCCGGACCACUCUGAAGCUCUCAAAUGACGACCCACUGGGCCUGCUGCUGCUCUCCAUGCUACUGCUGCUGCUGCUGCUGCUGCUGGCAUUGCUCGCAUGUUUGUCUGGCGGGGCUGUAUGGUGUCGCAAUGGGGCGGGGCGGUCACGAGAGAAAUCUGACACACACAAGGAAGGGGCACAAAGCGCAUAUCAUAGCAGGUAGAAAUGUGCCAGCCGCGCGUUCUUUCUCUCACCAAAUGUCACAUAGGUGUCGUCAUCUGCUGCUCCAUCGUCGGCCGCUGCCGAGGUGGGCAUCGUUGUCGUCGCGUGUUGGCGGCUGUGUGUGCCUAGCGCCCUCCUGCUCUUGCGGCCGCCCCCUGCUGCUGCUGCUGCUGCUGCUGGCGCAUGAUCAGGAGGGUGUGAUACCUGGCAGACAUACAGACAGACAACAGACAGACAGACAGACAGACGGAAAUGCAGAGAUAUAGAAGUGAUUGUGUGGUUCCGUGGACGGAUGUGUGCCCACCUGGCCUCUUCCCAUGCCCAGAUUGCUCCACGACGGCCGGCCUCUGCAAGUGGUCGAGUGAACGGGAGAAUGCAUCGAAUGCGACACAUGCAUACCUCUUGUGGCGUUGUGACUGGCUGUCGGCCGCAUCUGCUGCUGUGGCUGCUGCUGCUAGUGGCCUCUCGUCAUGGCCACCCACACUUCCCCUCUGUCUGCCGCUCUCAGCAAUCAUCAUCAUGUGUGCAGAGGACCACUCUGUUUGACAGACACCCACACACAGAGGACAGCCAGCAGAGUGAGAGACAGAGGGAGCCAUUUUCUCUCUACCUGUGUGUGGGUCGUCAUCGAUGAGGCCAUGUUGAGCGUCAGCAGCAUCGGCUGAGUCAGCGAGGAGGGGCACAGGCGUCGGCGGCGGGAUGGCCGCCGUGUCGUACUGGUAAUCCAUCAACAGACCUAUGUCCUAUCCUCCACACACAAAGACACGCACAGCCGUCCGUCUCUCUGUCCGCCAAUGCACCCACUGACCGACCUCCUUAGUGAGCUGCAGCACAUCGUCAGGCCGCGCCUUCAUCAGAGCCGACCACAUCCGACGCUCACGCUUGCGCAUGAAGCUGCACACAACACAACACACCGGCCCUUGUGCGUGUGUGUGUGUCGACGUGUGCUCGUCGCGAGCCUCUGACUUGAUGGCGGCAAUCCAGGAAAUGAAGCAGAAGUUCUGCCAGUGAGGCCGACCUGUUUGCACACAGACACACGCAUAAACAAACACCCACACAGUGUGUGAGGGGGAGGAGCUUCCCACCACACGCACGCUAAUUACCAGCUUCGCAUCUCAUCUCCUGCAGCUCAAAAUACGACCGAACCAGACCCUACACACACCGACAGACACAGACAGACACAGACAGAGAGAGAGAGAGAGAGAGGGUGCAGUCAUCCGUCCAGCGUCGAUUGUUGUUUGUUUGUGUUGCCGACCUCGUUGAUGCGUAUGAUGGCUGGGUGCAUCUUGGCCUCCUUCAUCUCCUCCAGUAUCAACAACGCCUGGACAGUCAGUGCACCCAGGAAUGCGACGAGCGUUCGUGACUGAAUGCGCCGAGUGUGCAGACCUGUUCGCUUCUGUGUCUGUGUGAGAGAAUGAAUCCGUGCAGCUUCAGCGUGUAAGUCGCCUCGUCCAGCAGCAUAUUCUGACUCCUGCCGGCACACAUGAUACCAACACACACGCAACCACUCAUAUGCUGCCCUCAUCGCAAUAGCCUCGCCGCUCACUCACUUCAUCUGCUCGAAGAGUCUUUCCCAUUCGCACCAGUCCCUCUCAACGAUGGCCCGCCACAGUCGCCAAUAAUACGUCAUCUUGCUCUCUGCCCUCACCUAAUCCACGCACGCACACACACACACACACAUACAGACCAGACAGGCAUACACAGAUCCAUGAUGAGUGCAGAUGGCUGCCUCUCCCGCCUACACACCUUCAUGUGCUUGCCCUCUCUGUCGACCUUGACAGGAGCCUUCACAGCCUUCCUGUGAUGGGCUGAUGGGUAGAUGGUUAGAUCAGCACGUUGACUCAACAUCGGCGGCAGGCGAUGCCGCAACAACGCGCGACUCCUCGUCAGCUGCGGGCUGCCAUGCGAUAGGGCAAGGCCAGAAGCACUGCAGACCAUCUUUCU